ACUUCCGUAUAUAUAAUUUACUGCCUUUUUGGCAUUUUUUGUGAUUUUUUAAUUUUUUGCAAAAAAAACCUUAAAAAGUGGGGAAAACAUGAGCAGACAUGGUGGCAAAAGAUUAAGUGUCUUUGAUAGACUUGGGCCUGGAAAUGAUGACGAAAUUACACCUCCUCAUUCCAGCAGCAGCUCGCGUCACAGUAGACACUACUCUAGCUCAGAAAAGCAUGAAAGAUCUUCCUCUCAUUUACCACCUCUCUCAACUGAGGAGAGGUCUAGGGAUAAGAGAACAAGUGACCCACCUCCUCGUAAGCACAGGCAUCCUGAUGAUGAAGACUCAACAAAGCGAGAGAAAGCAACACCAACUUUACGCAAGGAUAUAAAAUUGAGUAAGCCUUCAAGAGGCAGUGGAAGAGAUCAUGAGCUAGCUGAUGAACUAACUCAUUCAAAGAGAAAGCGAGAAGCUACAAGUGACAAUGAAACCCAUCACAGGGAACCCAAACGACAGAAAAUAUCUGACUCUUCGUUGGAGAGACAUCACCAGCUGCACAAGUCAGAAAAGAAAGAAGCCGAGGGUCAGUCCAGGUCAAAGGAGUCCAGUGCUGGUAGUAGCAAGAAGCGUUUAACUACGUCAGAGUCACAGAAUGACCCUGACCCAGAGCUUGAUUGGGAUCUGCUCUCUAAGUUCCCAAAUUACAAAGCGUCAUCAUUGAAAAUGAAUUCUUUAGAGAGACAUAAAGCUGGAUCGGUGUUAUCUUUCAUCGGGGUUUCGCCAUCUCUAGCAGGGCCUGUCCUAGCUGAUCAGGCUGUUAGAACAGUUACUGAGCACCUAAAGAAAGAACAUGGUGACUCAAUUCAAGCAGAAACACUUAGUGACCCUUUUGGAGGUCACCAGACAGCUGCUUUAGGUGCGGCUAAUUUAAGAAGAACUUUAAAAAGCUCUCAGUCAUUUGAUAUUGGCUAUUGUCGUAGAGCUUUAACUGCACGUGCUGAUUUUAUGCUCAGGAAGAGAUUUCUUGGUAACAAGUAUAGCAACAAAAAUGAUGAAUUCAGAGCUGGAUUUUCACAUUACUAUUCUGCAAGUCUAAGAUUGUAUCAACAAAGUUGAGACUAACUAUUUUUUGGUUAAUUAAUUACAGUUUAUUAUAAAUAAAA